UUUCAUGUGCCUUCCUUCCGUAGUUGUUCCUUUUUUAUAACAAAGUGUCAUCUACAUAACCGAUCCAUACUUUUGGUUGUAUGCGUGGAAGUGCUAGUUUCUAGAUGCUGCAUUACAAUCUCUGCUCUGAGUCCUGACAGUGUGAUCCCACGGGUGUGCCUCUGAUUUGUUGGUAUAUUUGUCCAUCACACUGAAAAUAGGCAGCGAGGCAGAGGUUGAUGAGAUUCUGGGUCUUUUGAACUUGGGGUAUUUGGCUAGGCCGCGUGUGUUGUGUAGUACUGCUACUAUGGAUUCUUUUGCUCUUUCUGGAUCUAUGGAUGCAAAGAGUGCCGUGACAUGAAAGAAACCAUAAUGUCAUCUUCAUCUAUUUUCAGGUCUUUGGUUUUCUGAAGGCACUGUGGUGGGGAGUUGAUAGAAUAUUCGUUCCCCUCUGUGAGAUGUCCAAGCUUUUUUGUAAGGGCUUUCACCACGUUGUAAGUUGGGGUCCCUGGUAAUUUAAGUCAUUUAAUUUAGGUGUUAUUGAAUUUAAGCGGUAACAAUUUGUUUACAACCACAAUAGUUUCCUUUACUCCCUCGCCGCUGUGGUUGGAAAGAAAAAGGAAGACCGAACAAUGCCUCAAGCCCCCGAGCCAAAAAGCAGAACAGAAAUCUAGCCAAAAAACAACCCUUUGCUCGUCUGUCCACGUGGAGAGGCCGCGCAUCGCAAGAGAAAACGUUUGUUUUUUCAGCUGAGCGCAUCCGGCAAGGGAAUCCCCUGAGCAAAAGAUGCGGGUCUUGCCCGUUUAAGGGAAGGAAGCGUGUUUACGGUCAGGAGAGGCGGAAGGGGCGGCGCUUUGUUCAAAUCUUGCCUGCAGGGCGGACGCCGUUUCGGGCUCCGGAGGACGAGGCGUUUCUCACGCGCCGGGAAGGUUCGGCCAGACCCAGGCAGAUUACAGAGUUCACCGUUGGAAUGCAAAAGGAGAUUUAAAGGUGUUGGUUGUAACAGUCACCUUUGGAGAGCACGUGGUGGUGGUGGUGGUGGAUUUCAAGUUCUCAGAAACUUUGGGGAACAGGAGAUGGCCAAUCCUUUGAAACAAGUUUUUAACAAGGAUCGGACCUUCCGACCUAAGCGGAAAUUUGAACCUGGGACACAACGCUUUGAGCUUCACAAAAAGGCCCAGGCGUCUCUCAAUGCUGGCUUGGAUUUAAAGCUGGCUGUGCAGCUCCCGGCUGAUGAAGAGCUGAAUGAUUGGGUGGCUGUUCACGUGGUGGACUUCUUCAACCGUAUCAACCUCAUUUACGGGACCAUAAGUGACUAUUGCACAGAAAAGUCCUGUCCAGUCAUGUCCGGUGGCCCAAAAUAUGAGUAUCGGUGGCAGGAUGAGAAAUACCGCAAGCCCACCGCCCUUUCUGCCCCUAAAUAUAUGAACCUUCUCAUGGAUUGGAUUGAAGUACAGAUCAACAAUGAGGAUCUCUUCCCUACAAAUGUUGGUACUCCAUUUCCUAAGAAUUUCCUCCAAGUUGUGAAAAAGAUCCUCUCCCGUCUCUUCCGUGUCUUUGUCCAUGUCUACAUCCACCACUUUGAUCGUAUUGCCCAAAUGGGCUCGGAAGCCCACGUGAAUACAUGCUAUAAGCACUUCUACUAUUUUGUGAAAGAGUUCAAUCUCAUAGACAACAAGGAAUUGGAGCCUCUGAAGGACAUGACCUCACGGAUGUGCCACUGACAUCCUGGGAACUUACCUGCCAUCAAUCAAGCCAAUGCCAGUCAGAAUACUUGGCUCCGGACUGUGGACCAUCCCUGCCAAGCGACAAGAUUGUGACCUGGAGGGACUUCCCUUUUUAAAGAGAAUUAUAUACAUCUUUUUUUAAAAAAGAACUUUCCCAAGCUCUUGUAAUGAAACUUUUGUCAAAUCAUUCUGAUUGUUGGAUUAUUGAAGUCUAGGUGUUUAAGAAAGGAAAGAACCACGGUUAAAUGUAAUGCGUCCUUAAGAUCUCCAUGUCUUUCUUCUCACUUCACGUGGCUAGGGGGUGAUUUGGAUGUGGUAUUGAGGUCUCCCCCCAAAAUCACCUGGGCUUCAGAACACACUCUUGGAUCAAGCAAUCAACCAACUUAAGUGAGAAAAAACCCACUGACACGCAAGUAGCAUAGAACUCUGUUUAGGCAGUUACUGGAAUUACCUGUGUUGCAAAUAAUAAAAGUUGUUUUAGCACUUCUUU